UGCACCUCUGGGCGCUCGGGCCGUCGGGGCCGGGGGUGCGGGGCAGCGCUUCCGACCUUCACGGACCUGGGGAGCGAGCCGGCCGGGCCCGGCCCUAAUAUCCCUGAGCCUGCCACCCCCGCAGCUCCGGGUCAGGGCGGCGGGCGAUGCCGGCGCUGGCAGGGGAUCCCACCUGCUGCCCGGCGGAGGCCGGUUCCCUGCUCUAGGAUGGGCAAUUUGGCCAAAGGGCUGGAGGGGUAAAAAGCUGGUUUGGUUUGCUGGAGGAGGGCUCCAUUCCCCAGAGUCGCCGGUUGUGUAAAAAAGACCGAAGGCCUUCCUCUUCCUGUAUAGAUGAAGAUACCGAACGGGAGGCAGGAAACGGGUUUAAAGAAAAAAAAGGAAGUGCUGUCAUGCUUUUGUGAAGUGUGGAUAUGCAGGCUCUAAUUUUCCAGAACACAUCUUCCCAGCUUUGGUUGGAAGACCUAUUAUCAGAUCAACCACCAAAGUGGGAAACAUUGAAAUCAAGGAUCUUAUGGUUGGUGAUGAAGCAAGUGAACUACGUUCAAUGUUAGAAGUUAACUAUCCUAUGGAAAAUGGCAUAGUGCGAAAUUGGGAUGACAUGAAACACCUGUGGGACUAUACAUUUGGACCAGAGAAACUUAACAUAGAUACCAGAAAUUGUAAAAUCUUACUCACAGAACCUCCCAUGAACCCAACCAAAAACAGAGAGAAAAUUGUGGAGGUAAUGUUUGAAACUUACCAAUUUUCUGGUGUUUAUGUAGCGAUCCAGGCAGUUCUGACUUUGUAUGCUCAAGGUUUAUUGACUGGAGUAGUGGUGGACUCUGGAGAUGGUGUAACCCAUAUUUGCCCGGUAUAUGAAGGCUUUUCUCUCCCUCAUCUUACCAGGAGACUGGAUAUUGCUGGGAGGGAUAUUACCAGGUACCUUAUCAAGCUGCUUCUGUUGCGAGGAUACGCCUUCAACCACUCUGCUGAUUUUGAAACUGUUCGCAUGAUUAAAGAAAAACUGUGUUAUGUGGGGUAUAAUAUUGAGCAAGAGCAGAAACUGGCCUUAGAAACCACAGUAUUAGUUGAGUCUUACACGCUCCCAGAUGGCCGCAUUAUCAAAGUUGGGGGAGAAAGAUUUGAAGCACCAGAAGCUUUAUUUCAGCCUCACUUGAUCAAUGUUGAGGGAGUGGGUGUUGCUGAAUUGCUUUUUAAUACAAUCCAGGCAGCUGACAUUGACACCAGAUCUGAAUUCUAUAAACACAUUGUGCUUUCUGGAGGGUCUACUAUGUACCCUGGGUUGCCAUCACGGUUGGAACGAGAACUUAAACAGCUUUACUUAGAACGAGUUUUAAAGGGAGAUGUGGAAAAACUUUCUAAAUUUAAGAUCCGCAUUGAAGAUCCACCGCGCAGAAAGCACAUGGUGUUCCUGGGAGGUGCAGUUCUAGCAGAUAUCAUGAAAGACAAAGACAACUUCUGGAUGACCCGACAGGAAUACCAAGAAAAGGGUGUUCGUGUGCUGGAGAAACUUGGUGUGACUGUUCGAUAAACUCCAAAGCUUGUUCCCAUUCCACCCCUAAUGCUUUCUUUUUUUCCUUUAUUGCCCAUCUUUGAACUCAUUCAACUCCCCAACAUGGAAAAGGCCUCUCUGUGCUCUUUGACUGGAAAGGUCAGGUUUUAUUCUGGUGUCUUGGGGAAGCUUUGUUAAAUUUUUGUUAAUGUGGGUAAAUCUGACCGUUUAAUUCAGCACUUCCCUACAAACAAUGAGAGGGCGAAGGGUCACGUCUGCUGCUUUGUUUCUUCUAAGUAGGUGUUCAGCUCGUUCCUGUAGGCUUCCUAUUUUCACUUUACUGCUCUAAUGCUGCUUGUUUUAGUUUUUAGCACCCUAGGUGGUAUGCCUCUAUUAGCAUAAGAAAAACUUUAAUAGGAGCUUUUACAUAUUACUAGAGUUGGGGGUGGUAAGGGGUGGGUGGGCAGCGGCUAAACCCUACAUGACAUUUCCUCUGUAGCGUGGUGCUUUCUACAGUUACUGCACAGCUUUAAGUACCUUAAAGCUUCUGGGAUUAACGUUUUAGGAAAAGGUUAGGCUCAGAACUAAGUGUUUUAGGUGGAGUUUUGUGUCGGGAGGAGGGGUGGUCUUUUGAUUUUUUUAUUUUUGAGCUUUUCUGUUCUGGGGUACGUAAGAUGAACUUUAUUUACAGUACUUUGAUUUGGCAAGUUUUCUUCUACUUUUUGUCUGUCUGAAACUGUUCCCAUAUGAUAUGAAAGCAAGUAUAGUACCCAUUACCAUGUGUCUUAGGGAUUCAUUUGUUCUUAAAAAUCAACCAUGUUAGCUGGGAUUAGACUCCCUAGAAUCUGUCAGCUGAAAAGUUAACAUUUAAAAAAUGCUUUUGGAAAUGCAAAUUACAGAUAAAAAAGUGCUUAGGAGCUGGUGUUUUCUAAGUGCUUUUGUUUAUACCAGAAACAUUAAGGUAACCCAGUGCCAAGUACCAUUCUUGCAAAUUAUUAUUUUAUAUAACUGACCAGUGCUUAUUUAAUAUAAACAAGUAGGUAAAAAUAAAUAAUUACUGGCAGUGGGUUAUAAUUGUUGGGCUAAAAAUAACAUUGGACUAUGGGACUUGUUGCCAGUUGGGUAAUUUUCAUUAGUAUUUUUGUUUGUUUUGAUUUGAAGCCUGGAAGUGGAGUAAAAUUUGACUAUUUAAAAUGUUGGCAGAAAAACAGUCAAGAUUUAAAUUUUAUUUGUACUGAAGAACUAACUAAUAACUACUAAAUCUCAGCCAUCUUAUUCUUGAGAGAAGUGUUUUUGGUAUUUUGUAAAUGUUAGCAGACUUGCCUGUGUCCAAAAAUCAUUAUUUAUGAAUCCUCUUGUUAUUUUUUGGUAUCUGAAAAAUACCGAAUAGCACUCAGGCUUGAAUUCUUUCUCAAUUUGAAAAGUAAAGUAAUAAGUAAUUAUGACAUGCUAAUAACAAAUGUAGAUUCUGGGGGGAAAAGUUUUCCUUCAUUUUGAAACAUUCUUUACUAAUAAUGGCUUUGAAAGAAGAUUGUGGGGUGACUGAAAUUGGAGAGAUGGUUGGCUUUAGAGUCUCCAUUUUGUGAGAAAAUUUGAAAGUCAGUUUAUAUGAAAUAAGGAGCAAAAGGUUAGUUUCAACUGUG